UCCCUUUGUCUUACCUUUUUUUCCAGCUUCCAUAACAGAGACACCACUCCCUCCUUCUCUCUCACACACUCACUUAUUAUAUUAUUUUUCAUCUCUCAAGAAUAAAGUUUCUGACACUGCAAAAUUCCAUCUGAAUAAAACAACCUAACUAACUGCACAUUCUAAGAUAACCAUUAUUCUUCUUUUGGAUUUCAGUUUCACACUCCUCCACACCACACAUUUUGUUCUUCCAUUGCUUCCGAUUUCAAUUCUUCAACGAGGUUUCAACUUCGAAUUUGUUAGGUGCAAUGGAGCUUCAGCAGAGAAGAGGAGGAUUGGUGCCGUUAUCGCCGUCGCAUACGGCGCGCUCAGGCGACAAGCUGGCGCGAGAUCUGCGACCUGCGGAUUCUAGUUCCAGUGGUCACAGCAAGUCCGAUAAGGACAAAGGCGUCAAUGUGCAGGUUCUCGUUCGAUGCAGGCCGUUGGGUGAAGAUGAAGCGAGGUUGAACACGCCGAUCGUGAUUUCGUGUAACGAAGGUAGAAGAGAGGUUUCGGCUGUGCAGAGUAUAGCCAACAAACAGAUCGACAGAACCUUCGCAUUUGAUAAGGUUUUUGGUCCGAACUCCAAGCAGAAAGAACUGUUUGAGCAGGCCAUGUCUCCUAUUGUGAAUGAAGUGCUUGAAGGCUAUAACUGCACCAUUUUUGCUUACGGUCAAACAGGGACAGGGAAGACGUACACAAUGGAAGGAGGUGCAAGAAAAAAGAAUGGAGAGUUUCCCAGUGAUGCUGGUGUCAUCCCAAGAGCUGUGAAGCAGAUUUUUGAUAUAUUAGAAUCUCAGACUGCCGAGUAUAGCAUGAAAGUAACGUUUCUAGAACUUUACAACGAGGAGAUAACUGAUCUUUUGGCCCUUGAGGAGACUUUAAAAUUUGUGGAUGAUAAAUCUAAGAAACCAAUAGCUCUCAUGGAGGAUGGAAAGGGGGGAGUUUUUGUUAGAGGUUUAGAGGAAGAGGUUGUUUGCACUGCAAAUGAAAUUUAUAAGAUAUUGGAAAAGGGCUCUGCGAAAAGGCGAACAGCUGAGACUCUUCUGAACAAACAAAGCAGUCGCUCCCACUCCAUAUUUUCUAUCACAAUUCACAUUAAGGAGUGUACUCCAGAGGGUGAAGAAAUGAUUAAAUGUGGAAAGCUAAACCUUGUGGAUCUUGCAGGCUCUGAGAAUAUUUCACGUUCGGGUGCAAGAGAGGGAAGAGCAAGGGAAGCUGGGGAGAUAAAUAAAAGCUUGCUUACUCUAGGUCGAGUGAUUAAUGCUUUAGUGGAGCAUUCAGGUCAUGUUCCUUAUAGGGAUAGCAAAUUAACAAGAUUGUUAAGGGAUUCCUUGGGCGGUAAAACCAAGACGUGCAUCGUUGCUACAAUAUCACCUUCUAUUCACUGUCUGGACGAAACUCUUAGUACCUUGGAUUAUGCACACCGUGCCAAAAAUAUCAAGAACAAACCAGAGAUCAAUCAGAAGAUGGUUAAAUCUGCACUCAUUAAGGAUCUGUAUUCUGAAAUUGACAGGCUGAAGCAAGAGGUGUAUGCUGCAAGAGAGAAGAAUGGAAUUUAUAUACCGCGUGACCGUCAUCUUCAAGAAGAAGCGGAGAAGAAGGCCAUGGUUGAAAAGAUAGAACGCAUGGAACAAGAAGCAGAGUCCAAGGAUAAGCAACUGAUGGAACUUCAAGAACUCUACGAUCGUCAGCAACUUUUGACAGUCGAGCUAAGUGAUAAACUACAAAAAACUGAGAAAAGUCUUGAAGAAACUGAGCAGUCAUUAUUUGAACUUGAGGAAAAGCACACACAAGCAAAUGCAACAAUUAAGGAAAAGGAAUUUCUAAUAUUUAAUCUACUGAAAUCUGAAAAAACACUCGUGGAGCAGGCAAUUGAGCUACGAUCUGAUCUUAAGAAUGCUGCAUCCGAUGUGUCGAACCUGUUUUCUACAAUUGAACGGAAGGAUAAAAUUGCAGAAGGAAACAGAUUACUUAUCCAGAAAUUCCAGUCUCAGUUAGCUCAACAGCUAGAAGAUCUGCACAAGGCUGUUGCAGCAUCUGUAAUGCAACAAGAGCAGCAACUGAAGGCAAUGGAACAAGAUAUGCACUCUUUCGUAUCAACAAAGGCAGAGGCUAUUGAAAAUCUUAGAGUACAGGUAGGAAAACUAAAAAAUAUGUAUGGUUCCGGCAUUAGAGUUUUGGACAAUUUAGCUGAGGAGCUUAAAGGAAAUAACCAGUUAAAAUUUGGAGAGUUGAAUUCUGAAGUAGCCAAGCAUUCAUCCGCCUUGGAGGAUCUGUUUAAAGGAAUUGCAUUAGAAGCUGAUUCAUUACUGAAGGAUCUUCAAACUAGUCUCCAAAAGCAAGAGGCCAAGUUAACUGAUUAUGCUCGACAACAGGAAGCGGCACAUGCCAGAGCAGUCGAGAAUACACGUGCGGUAUCUAAAAUAACUAUGAACUUCUUUGAGACAUUACACAUGCAUGCAUCCAAUUUGAUCCAAAUUGUGGAAGAAUCACAAUGUACCAAUGACCAGAAAUUGUACGAACUUCAAAAGAAGUUUGAGGAAUGUACUGCAUUUGAAGAAAAACAAAUGUUGGAGAAAGUGGCAGAAAUGCUUGCUAGCUCUAGUUCUAGGAAGAAAAAACUGGUCCAAAUGGCAGUUAAUGAUCUCCGAGAGAGUGCAAACACUAAAAUCAGUAAGCUUAGGCAAGAAACAUUAACCAUGCAAGAUUCCACUUCUUCUAUUAAAGCACAAUGGAAAAGUCACAUGGAAAAAUCGGAGUCCAACUAUCAUGAGGAUACUUCAGCGGUAGAAUCUGGAAAGAAUGACCUUGUGAAGGUUCUCCAGCACUGCCGCAAGAAAGCCGAACUAGGCGCACAACAAUGGAGAAAUGCUCAAGAAUGCAUACUUAGUCAAGAGAAGAGAAAUGCUGCUUCUGUUGACACUAUUAUUCGGGGAGGAAUGGAAGCUAAUAAUCUCGUACGAGCCCGAUUCUCAGGUGCUGCGUCAACUACUCUUGAAGAUGCAGAAAUAGCAAACAAGGAUAUUAAAUCUUCCAUUGAACAUUCAUUGCAACUUGAUCGCGACGCCUGUGGUAAUAUAAACUCUAGGAUUAUCCCAUGCUGUGGUGACUUGAGAGAAUUGAAUGGUGGUCAUUACCAUAGAAUCGUAGAGAUAACUGAAAAUGCAGGGAAAUGUCUUCUCAGUGAAUACGUGGUAGAUGAACCAUCCUGUUCAACACCCAAAAAGAGACCCUUCAAUCUGCCCAGUGUUUCGUCCAUAGAAGAACUAAGGACCCCACCAUUUGAGGAACUACUGAAAUCAUUCGGGGAUUCUAAAUCUUCAAAACAUGCAAAUGGUGACGUUAGAUACAUUGGGGCAUAUGAAGCUGCACAAUCUGUAAGGGAUUCCAGACUUCCCCUUAUAGCAAUCAACUAGAGCGGUCAAAACUCUGUAAAUAGUGUUCGAAUGUAUUUCCACACAAAUUACAAAUUCGUUUAUUUUUUAUUUUGGAAAGAGAAAGAAGGAAAAAAAAACAGUAAUAUAUAAUUUUUUUUAAUACAGUUUGGUUCCACAUGGAUACAUCUACUGUUGAUGUCAACUGACAUUGGAUUAUUAUAUGAUUUCGACAUGCUUUUGUUGCA